GAGCACGGCUUGCAGUCAUAUAAAAGAAGGUGUCGACAUGAGGGAAUAGCUUAGAACGGUUCAGCUCACUCGGUCAUUACGCUUCUGUAAGGAAAAAAAGUGUGUUGGUGAAAAUUGUUUCAAGUUUCGGUGAAUUUGAUCGUCAUGCAGAAACUUUUGAUCGUGUUGGCUUGUGUGAUUGUUGCCUUCUUGGGGUCAGCAUGGGCGCGACCAGGUGUUGGUCAGCUUACUCCAGAGGUUGAAGCCGAAGCACUUCGACUUUGGCAAGCGCAUUGUGAAGGAGACAAGGAAGGAGGUAAGGAUGGAGAGAAUUCGAUAUACUGCAAGAAAUCUGGAGAGAAAAUUGAGGAAACUUUGACCCACGAGCAUGCUUUGACUCCUGCUGGUGAAGCAGGUCAGCAAGUCGUUUUUGUCCAGCCACCGAGCUAUCACUACAAACAUGACGUCGUUGUCACCGGUGGAGGAUCAGAAGGUGCCAAGACCAUCAUUUACGUUAAACCUGCCAAAAACACCAACGAAGUCAACAUCGUUGACCAGACGGCCCCCAACGCUGCCCCUCAAAAGCCGACUCUCUACUUUUUGAAGGGAAAUCACGGCGGUGAGGAAGCAUCUGCCCGAAGCGAUGCACCCGCAGCACCAGAAGCUGUCCAAGAAGCCGCCCCAGAAGCGGAAGCUGCACCGGAAGCUGAUGCCGGAGCGGCGAGAAAGCGACGACAAAAUGGUCCCUUCCCAGCCACCGAGGUUGCAGCCCCAGAACAGAAAAAGCGAACCGUUUACAUUCUCAGGAGGGCGUUUGCAUAAAUUAAACGGGAGAAUAUUUUUAUAAUUAUUUUUCUAAAGAUUCUAUUUUAUUUAUUACCAGUAUUUAUCCUAUUUGUGAACUUUUUAAU